AUGCUAGAUUCUGUUGAAUUGACAUUCAGAGACCAAUAUCUUGGACGAUCUGAAAUGUGGCGUUUAAGAAAUUCAAUGAUUGAUACUUGUGUUUACAACAAUAAAAAAAUGGAAUUUUGUGGUGGAUAUACUCGUGUUCAAGUAUAUCAAAUGUGGACCAAAGGAAAAAUUGUAUCUUGUGGAGUUAUCAGCCAUAAUACAAAGAUAGUUUUUAGAUCUGCUACAAGUAUGGUGUUAUAUCUUCUUUCCUUUUGUGUAGGUUUCUUCAGUUUUUUAUAUGCAACAUUGAUUUUCAUCAUUAAGAAGUUAUGGUCGCUGUCCACAUCGGCGCCUGGGGUAGUAAUUCAAAAUGAACGUUAUGAAGAUUGGGCAGCAGCUUCAUUAAUGCUUCUUCGACGUCUUUAUUAUACAUACAAAAUAGAUAUUUUAAAUUAUCAUCAUAAAUUACUUCAAGAUUCUGGGGUUUCAAUUAGCUCUAUACCUGAAGGUUAUUUAUCACAUGCUUCUCAAGGCAACUUUCUUGAAGUAUUAAAUAUGGCAUUAAACGGUAAGUAGAUACAUGAAAUUGUUAUACAGUAUCAUGCG